AUGGCCUCCGGGGCGAACGGGAGCUGGGGUCGCUCCGCACCACAGAGUGCCUCCCCGACGCCCUGGGUGACCGUCCUGCAGUCCCCGGCGUGGACCGUCCCACCUGCGCCCCCGCAGCCGAGCCGCGUGAAGGAAGACCUGCUGGAGCUGAUGAUGCUGCAGAACGCGCAGAUGAACCAGCUGCUGCUGAGCCGCCUGGUGGCAGGGGCGCUGAACUGGCCUGUCCCGCCCAGCCCACAGGUCUACCUGGAGGGUCACCAGGAGUGUGAGGAGGAGGAGGAAGAUGAAGAGGAGGAGGAGAUGGAAGGGCCUUUGGUGUUUCACCACCAUUACCUGCCCUGCCUGGUGCCCUCCCCAGGCCCCCUGCUGCCCUGGUCAUCCCCUUUCCUCCUGCCUCCUCCAUGUCAGCCCUACUCCCAGGAUGUGCCCAGGACGCAGCACCAUCUUCCUGCCUCUAGAAGGGAGGUGUAA